AUGGCCUUGGUUCUUGUCUCCUUGCUGGCAUUCCUGAGCUCAGCAUCUGGGUGCCAUCACCGGCUCUGUCACUGCUCUAACAGGGUUCUCCUCUGCCAAGACGGCAAGGUGACAGAGAUUCCACCCGACCUGCCCCGGAACGCAGUUGAACUGAGGUUUGUCCUUACCAAGCUUCGAGUCAUCUCCAAAGGAGUGUUUUCAGGAUUUGGGGACCUGGAGAAAAUAGAGAUCUCCCAGAAUGAUGCCUUGGAAGUGAUAGAGGCCGGUGUGUUCUCCGAUCUGCCCAAGUUGCAUGAAAUCAGAAUCGAAAAGGCGAACAAACUGUUGUCCAUCAAUGCUGAGGCCUUCCAGAACCUUCCGAACCUCCGAUAUCUGUUAAUAUCCAACACAGGUAUUAAGCACUUGCCAGCUGUUCACAAGAUUCAGUCUCUCCAAAAGGUUUUACUAGACAUUCAAGACAACAUAAACAUCCAUACGAUAGAAAAAAAUUCUUUCUUGGGGCUGAGUGCUGAAAGCGUGAUUCUAUGGCUGAGUAAGAAUGGGAUUCAAGAAAUACACAGCCAUGCAUUCAACGGAACCCAACUAGACGAUCUGAAUCUAAGUGAUAACACUAAUUUGGAAGAAUUGCCUAAUGAUGUUUUCCAAGGAGCCUCUGGGCCAGUCAUUUUAGACAUCUCAAGAACGAGGAUCCAUUCCCUGCCGAGUUCCGGCUUAGAAAAUCUUAAGAAGCUGAGGGCCAGGUCGGCGUACAACUUGAAAAAGCUUCCCAGCCUGGAAAAGUUUGGAGCCCUCGUGGAAGCCAGCCUCACCUACCCCAGCCACUGCUGCGCCUUUGCAAAUUGGAGACGGCCAGUCUUUGAGCUUCAUCCAAUUUGCAACAAAUCUAUUCUGAGGCAAGAAACUGAUGAUAUGACUCAACCUAGGGGACAGAGAGUCUCUUUGACAGAAGAUGAUGAAUCCAGUUACAGCAGAGCAUCUGACAUGAUGUACAAUGAAUUUGACUACGACUUAUGCAGUGAAGCGAUCGAUGUGAACUGCUCCCCAAAACCAGAUGCCUUCAACCCAUGCGAGGAUAUUAUGGGGUACAAUAUCCUCAGGAUCUUGAUAUGGUUCAUCAGCACCCUGGCCGUCGCUGGGAACAUCACGGUGCUCGUGACCCUCGCUGCCAGCCGGUACAAACUCAAGGUGCCCGGAUUCCUCAUGUGUAAUCUGGCCUUUGCCGACCUCUGCAUGGGCAUCUACCUGCUGCUCCUAGCAUCCGUGGAUGCCCACACCAAGGGUCAGUACCACAACCACGCCAUCGCCUGGCAGACCGGGGCAGGUUGUGGCGCCGCCGGCUUCUUCACCGUCUUCGCCAGCGAGCUCUCGGUGUACACGCUGACGGCCAUCACCCUGGAGAGGUGGCACACCAUCACUCACGCCAUGCAGCUUGAACGCAAGGUGCAGCUCCGCCAUGCCACCUGCGCGAUGGCCCUGGGCUGGAUCUUUGCCUUCUCCGUGGCGCUCUUUCCCAUCUUUGGCAUCAGCAGCUACAUGAAGGCGAGCAUCUGCCUGCCCAUGGAUGUCGACAGCCCUUUGUCGCAGCUCUACGUCAUGUGUCUCCUUGUGCUGAACGUCCUGGCCUUUGUGGUCAUCUGCGUCUGCUACACCCACAUCUAUCUCACAGUGAGGAACCCUAACGUCAUGUCCUCUUCAAGUGACACCCAGAUUGCCAAGCGCAUGGCCACGCUGAUCUUCACCGACUUCCUCUGCAUGGCACCCAUUUCUUUCUUUGCCAUCUCUGCCUCCCUCAAGGUUCCCCUCAUCACCGUGUCCAAGGCGAAAAUCCUUCUGGUGCUCUUCUACCCCAUCAACUCCUGUGCCAACCCUUUCCUGUACGCCAUCUUCACCAAGAAUUUCCGCAGGGAUUUCUUCAUUCUGCUGAGUAAGUUUGGAUGUUACGAAACGCAAGCUCAAAUGUACAGGACAGAAACCUCAUCCACUGCCCAUAACUUCCACUCAAGAAACGUUCACUGCUCUUCUGCUCCCAGAGUCACCAGGGGUUCCCGUUACAUGCUUGUCCCUCUAAGGCACUUAGCCCAGAACUAA